GAAAUGCAGUUGGCCCGCCCCUGCCGGUCUAUUGUGAGUCCGCGUUCAGCUGAAACCACUCUUCCACACUCCGCACCAAAGUGGCGCACGACGACAUGUAGCUGAACGAGGAGUGCGCCUUUGAAGAUGCUUGAUUAUCGAGGCACAAUUUCUGGUUGAGUGACAAGCCUGCUGUCCAAUCUCCACCAUGAUAGCCACAGGUGGCCUGUUGCGCAUGAACAGGCGCCAGGACUCCCUCCGCUCAAAAAACCGGGCGGAAAACAAAAGGAAGCGGAAAUCCAAGAAAAAGAAGAAGAACGACGUGGUGGUGGUAAAAGGGAAGCUCAAUCUGUGCUCGCCGGCCGGUUUUGUUGCUGCGGUGGGAGUUGCAGUUCUCAUGGUGGGGAUUUCCAUGGCGGUGCUGGGAUACUGGCCCAGUCAGAGCCAGCAGCAGUAUCAGGAGCGCCGCCGAACAGGAGGAUACCAAUCCAACAGGAUGAGCUACUCCAAAAGUCCACCUGCUCCCUCUAACUUGACCCAUGAUAGCCCUCCAUCAGUACAGACAACUUUAUUAAACCAGAGCCAUUCUAACAGCAGCACCCCCAACUCCUCCCGUAACUGUGGCUUCCUGUGUGACUUCCUGAAUAAUUACCUGUACUCUGACAAUCUGAAAGUGUUCGGGCCACUGGUGAUGGGAAUCGGCAUUUUCCUCUUCAUCUGCGCCAAUGCAGUCCUCCAUGAAAACCGAGACAAGAAAACCAAAAUCAUCAACCUGAGGGAUAUCUACUCCACUGUCAUAGAUCUACACAGCAUACGGUCGAAGGAGUACUCGCCUCUUAAUGGUUUGGUGAACUACACUCAGUCGAGGAGUGCUGAGGGCCCGUCGGGGACGUUCCCUGCUAGCGGGAUGCUUACUCGCGGCUCCUGGCCCUCCACUGGACUCGCUUUACAGGGCGAGGUGAGCGGCGAGGAUGUGUUCAGACGCCCGUCGUUGGCCAGCAGGCCUCAGAGCUGGUCGAGAGAUGUUCAGACCUUCACCGACACGGUCUACAGCAUCUACAAGGACUACAGCAAUAGCAGCGAGCAGGCUCCGCAGCCCCGACAGUGGGAGACCACCUCCAUCGUCACCUCCUCUGUGAACGCUUUCACCCUCCCUGUGAUCAAACUGAACAACUGUGAGGUGGAGUCCCAGCGAGUGGAGGCAGAGGGACACUCGGAGGAGGAGGUGGUUAUUGAGACGGUUGUGGAAACCGAGGAAGUACAAGCCAGCAGCAGCCAGACUGAUGGCGAGCAGAAGAACGCCUCGGCGGCAGAUCCACCCCCACCGCCCCAUCAGAGCCACAAGGACAUAACCAUGGAUAUGUCUGACCCACAGGGGGCGCCGCAGGCUGAGGAUCAAGCACAGUGGACCCAGCUGUUUCCUCCAUCACCUGUUGCCAGGGCGAUAGGGUCACAGCUGUCGCUAACCUCCCUUACAGAUCAGCCCAGGCCGGUGCGCCGCUGCAGCCUGUCGGUGUCUGGGGGUCGUCAGGGUGACAGGGCCAGACGCUUCAGCUGCCCUCGUCUGGAGCGCUCCAACAGUAAGGGCUACAUCAAACUGGCUGACCUGGGGGGGGAGUCCUUCGAAGCCCCCGACACAGACACUUCUUUAGUGGCCAUCGAACAGGAAGUAGCAGCGGACACAGCAGCAGAGGGAGACGCUCAGGGAGAGGACGAUCUGGUGACACCCAGCACCUCUGCAGAAUCAUAGAUAAAUAUUUCUGCUGAUGAGCCUCUGAAAACGUUUUGAUGUCUUGUUCUUUGCUUGGUACCUUCUUCUCUGGUUCCUGAUGGGAAGCUGGCCGUUAAAGAGGGACGUAAACGUGGAGAGAAAGCAGCUAAGGACUAUUGAAACAUAGCCAUGAACACUCAAGAGCACAGCUCUUUAUAAAUACCACAUCCACAGCUCAAUAUUCAGAUGUAAUUUUUCUAUUUUUUCAAUGUAGCAAGAGCAAUACUAAAGACUUGUAAGAAGAUUUAGUAAAGAUUUGUAUCAAAAAAAGAAAAUAUGAUCUAAUGGAUUUUAACUUUUCUUUUCUAUAACAGUAGGGCAAACAUUGUAGCUUGUAGUAUUGCCAAAACUGUCACUGAGAACUACUGUCUGACAUGUUGUCCUGUAGCAUUAAAACAUGCCACAGAAAACUAAAUAGUCUAGAAUUGUUUCUCUACAUUGUUAUGUGAAUACCACGUACAUAGGUGAACUGAAUUGAAUCUCAGGUAGACGUUUGGUUUAGGAGCGGGACCUUGAUGACAAGGUCUUCCCAAUGUUCACACUUGUUUAUAUGAAGCAUUCAUGGUUGAAUACAAUUAACUGUAACACCUCCUGUCGGGUCUCACAGGUUUCCUUGUGUGAUAUAAGAUAAAAUACAGCCAUUGCAAAAAAGUUUGUUUGUUUGCUCCAUAUAGUUUAAGAAAAAUUAAAUGAAAAGAUGAAAAGCUGUGGGACUCUGAUUGAUUAAGUGUGUGGCGUACCUGCAGAUGGUAUAGAUUUUGUUUUCUGCACUUCUCAUUACUGGGAAAGACUGCAGUGGUAUUGAUGUUACACUGUCUGUGCUUACUGAACCGAGACAAGUGACCUAUAAGUGACGUUUACAACUGUCUUUUUAAUAAUUGGCUUCCUUCAAGUAAUAAAAAAUGUCAUAUCAGCAGAGGCUUAUCUGCUGAUUCAGAUGGAUGAUGGAUUUUGGCAGUGGUGUCCUAAAGGUCAGAGACAUAGGCUUGUUACCGGAAAUUUGUCUGACCAAUUCCCUGAGUAAGUCAGGGUUGGGAAAGUGUACCAACAAGAUGGCCUCGAGCAAGGCCAACUGCUCUACUGGAGCUGCAAAGUGGCCGGCAGAUAACACUUUGGCAGCUUCCAGGUGUUAAUGUCGAAGAGCGAUAAUGUGUUAGAAGCCAUUACACCCACUGAAAACCCAGCUGAAUACAUACAAGUGAAAACUACUCCAAAAGUGUACCAUUGGACUUCUAAUCUGGUGUCUGUGAAGGCAAAAACAUACUGUGUGAUUCACAUGUGUUUUUUACCCUUUGUGACUUGUAAACAUUUGCAUUCA